AGAGUAACUCUCUUACACUGGGUAGUCCCUAACAUUUGUACUUCAAAGAAGAGAUAAAGGUGAUUCACCUCUUGUGUGACUGAAUUUCUGGUCAACAUUUCCUGUCAUUUGGAAGAUAUUUAUAAUCACAGCAUCUUUUAAAUGGAUCACCUCACCAUUGAUACACAAAGAUUUACCAGUGAGAAGGACAACAUCUACAAGCUGAAUGGUUUUCUUAUCAGCUUAUCAGCUUUUGUGUUUGAAAUACUCAUUGCAAUCUGCUUAUGCUGGCGCCUGUGGGAAUUUGACAACAAUGUUGUACAGUUUGUGUCCUUUGGACUGUGGGAAGUGUAUUACCUGCAAGAGUUUAACAACUCUGGAACACUAACCAAGAUGCCGGUGUACACCCCUAUUGACUCAACUUGGAACAUUUCAACUGAAUUUUUGUAUGCACAAAACCUAAUAAUAUGGGCCAUUUUUAUGAAGCCCUUGGUUCUGGUUUUCAGUGCAAUGGCGAUUAAGCUCAGCUUCAAAAAUCACCCAAAUGUGAUGAUGCAGAUAUAUUGCUACAAGAUUUCUGCUUUAAUUUUGUCUGUUAGCAGUGUGUUCACAUUUGUUUCUGUGACCUGGAACCACAUGGUAGAUCUUUAUGGCCAAACCACUCUUGACUUUCCAUCUGAUUUUCCUGUUAAGAAAGAAGACUUAAGAAGCAAACAUUUAACUGCUGCGUUUCCAGUAGGUCUCCUUAUAUCCACAAUGUCACUCUUAGGUGUGCUCAUGUUUCUCUCUGAGAUAAACUAUGUAAAACUAGAGAAUCCUGUGAAGCCCAAGUGUGAUUCCAAAAUGGCCCUUCUAGAGGCUUGAAGUGAGGCCUUCUGCAUUUACAACAUCUGUUAAAAUGGUCCGUGGGAAUUUUCCUAUUCCUACAGAAAGCUCAUGUGGCCUUCAAGUCUUCUAAAUAAAUUUGCUGUAUAUCAAGCAUAAAUUGAUUCUC